AGGGUCUAAAUUGAUUAAAGCGUUCCGGUUCUCCACUGUCAACACUUGGCUUGAGCGCUGCUGCUGAGCGACGAUGUCGGAGCAGGAGUCUCUGAGGCUCUCCAGUGCCAGAAACCGUGGAGGCGUACAGAGGGUGGAGGGAAAACUGCGAGCCAGCGUAGAAAAAGGGGAUUACUAUGAAGCACAUCAGAUGUACAGGACUUUAUUUUUUAGGUACAUGUCACAGGCAAAACAUGCUGAGGCCAGGGAGCUGAUGUACAAUGGGGCUCUACUAUUCUUCAGCUAUAACCAGCAAAACAGUGCAGCAGAUCUGUCCAUGCUGGUUCUGGAAGUGUUGGAGAAAUCUGAGACAAAGGUUGAAGAGGAUAUAUUAGAAAGCCUGGCGAAGUUGUUCAGCCGGAUGGACCAGAACUCCCCCGAGAGAGUAGCGUUUGUGUCCAGAGCCUUGAAAUGGUCCACAGGAGGAUCCAGCAAGUUGGGACACCCUAAACUACACCAGCUGCUGGCUGUCACCUUGUGGAAAGAGCAAAACUACAGUGAGUCUCGUUACCACUUCCUGCAUUCAUCUGAUGGGGAGGGCUGUGCACAGAUGCUGGUAGAAUAUUCGGCCUCUCGAGGCUUCCGUAGUGAGGUCGACAUGUUUGUGGCGCAGGCCGUCCUACAGUUUCUCUGCUUAAAGAACAAAAACAGCGCUUCCGUGGUGUUCAGCACAUACACAGAGAAACACCCGUCCAUAGAGAAGGGCCCUCCCUUCGUCCAGCCUCUACUUAACUUUAUCUGGUUUCUGCUGCUGGCAGUGGAUGGGGGUAAAUUAACAGUUUUCACAGUGUUAUGUGAGCAAUAUCAACCUUCCCUGAAGAGGGAUCCCAUGUAUAAUGAGUAUCUUGACAGAAUAGGACAGGUUUUCUUUGGCGUUCCGCCGAAACAGUCUCCAUCAUACGGUGGACUGCUAGGGAACCUGCUGAACAGCCUGAUGGGUUCAGGCGAGGAUGACGAUGGGGCUGAAGAAGCCCAGGAGGACAGCAGCCCCAUAGAGCUGGACUGAGCCUGCGACCGCCUGACAAAUGAACAAAAAAAGAAAAAAAGAGGAAGAUCAUGUUGCCUCCGUCCUUUACCUCCACAACAAGGGUGGGGCGAGGCGUCGGCCUGUGUUUUCAGAGGCGUGCUGUUUCCAAAAAAAAACCCUCCCACCCAUCCAGUCUAAAAUCAAAGCAAGUAUCAGGCCACAAAAUCCCUCCCUUCAGCACUGCCGGGACUGACUGCGCCAAACUGCAAACUCUCUCUUUGUUAACUCAUUGUAAGAUUAUAUUAUAUUAUUUGAAUCAUUACUUUUGUUAGUUUGGGACUCUUGCUUUUUGUUUAGGGUGUAUUCAUUUUAAACAUAAAGUGUCCUCUCCCUGUGAAGCCUGCUCCAGAGAGGAGGGAGUGGAUUGAGUGUCUCAGAGGAGAGGGUAGCAUCACAUGUAAACACCCCUCUAUGUAACAUUGUUUAUUAUAAGAGGGUUUAGUCAACUCACUACAUUUAUCUCAAUGUUUUUGUUUGCUGGGCAGCCUCGAGGAGCUGCUGUUAUCGGCUUAUUUCAACAGCUUGUUCCGUUAUAAGCCUCUUCUUUGAAUAGUAAAUUAAAUAUUUUCCUGUCGUCAGGGCAACAUUCAGUUCCUUGUCUCAUUCAUCCACUAGCUGAAAGGACUAAAGCAGAAAUGUAAGUUAUAAUCUGAGCUCAUCUUGUUCCUUGAAUAUCAAGCAAACAGCCCCUCUCUGCUCAGUGUGUCCUUCACGGGUCAUUUGGAUUCAUCUGCAUCACGCAGCAGUCUGGGGACAUUUAGCUCCUCUGUGCACUUGCUGAACUGGUACUCGGCCUGUUUGCAUCUCAGAGAGGAGUUUUCUGGAGAAAUCCAAGUUUUGCAUUUUAUUGUUACAGCUGCCAAGUCAUAAACCAUAUUUUGCAGUGAGGAGUUUUGAAGCGCUUAUGAUUUGGUUUUCACUGGAUGUGGGCUCGUGCUGUCUGCGUGUCACUGUGAAAAAUAAAAAGUCAAAUGUC